AUGUCUUUUGAUUUGCUACCUUCCGAAUUACAAAUCGAGAUAUUCAGCUAUCUCAAAGGUUUACACCUCAAGGCUGUGCGUGCGGUCUGCCGUGCAUUCAGAGAUAAUGCUGAGCCCACAUUGUUCCAAUGCGUUACUGCGGCAGCACGAUAUCAAGCACUGGGUGCUUUGCAGAAGAUCUCGUUAUUCCCAGUGUUUCAGAAACAUGUCCGGGAGAUAGUCUUCGACGGGUCACAAUAUGACAAGCUUCUUGCAAGGCGUGAACGAUCAUAUCACAGCCUUGCUGCCAGGAUUCCCAACCUUGAGAAGGGCUUCCAGUGGCAGAAGCGCACUCGAUGGCAGCGAUAUGUCCAGCUCUACAAAGAACAAGAAGAGAUGAAGACCGACGGUAUUCUUGUGCACACCCUUUCAAGAGCCCUUGAUUGGAUGCCAAAUGUUUCUUGCAUUACGUACUCACCACACCCCCAUCAUCUCCCGACUGAAGCCAAAGAUAUGAAGGGCCUGGUUCAGAGAAGCCUUUCGGAUUCACCCAAAUCUGAUUAUACAUCCUCCAAACACCCUUUUCGUCAACUUAUUGCGGCGUUGUAUUUGUCUCAAUUCGCUGGCAUCCGCGAGCUCAGGGCAGACUAUGUUGGCGAGAGCAUUGCUAACCCUGGCACUGAGUUUGCUAUUGGCAUCUUCAACCUGGACGAAAGCGAGAUGGUGGCCGCUGAAUUUUUGUUUCAGGGCCUUGAGAAGCUUGUACUGAACAUGGCGUUGAAGGUUUCGGAUAAGGCCACGUUCGGUGAAGUCACUGACAAAUUCGCUACACUGCUGCGCAGUUCCACAUGUCUGCAACACCUCCACCUCCACCCUACGCAUUGGAAGUCAGAAGUAGGUGCUCAGCCUGUCUUCGCUCGGCUCGGCCUUCAGACGACUUGGCCGAAGUUGCAGACAUUGAGUCUGAAGGGCAUCUUCGCAAAUGAGAAAGAUCUGUCUGACAUGAUCAAGCGACACAAGAAGACUCUUACGAAUGUAAAGUUCAGUAAAUGCAGUCUUCUUGACGGUUUAUGGGCUGAUAUUGUCGAUGAAGUUGUGUAUGGCUCUCAGAUUCGCCAGUUCGUGUUGGACCGUGGGAACGAGAGGGGAUUGUCUUACCUCAACUAUGCAUCCCUGACCACCUGGGAGAGAGACUUCUGGAAGUAUGAAGGCCAUCUGGAAGUGGCUAAAGACGACGAGCGAAGAUUUGUAAGUGCAGAAGCCCUGGUGGCUUGA